AUGGAAAAAGAGGUGACAAUAUACAUCAUUGACCUAGCCCGGUCGAUGGGCAAGAAACACAACGGUCGAGACGAGAGCGACCUCGAAUGGGCACUACAAUGGGUUUAUGACAAGAUCACCAACGUGGUCUUCACUGGUCGGAAGACGCUUCAGGUUGGGGUUGUUGGACUUGGGACUGCUGAGACCGACAACGAAAUGCAAGGGGAUCCCAGUUACAGACACAUCAGCGUGCUACAGCCGGUUUCUCAGAUCCUGAUGGCCGAGUUGCAGAACUUGCCCAAAGUUCUCAAACCAAGCAAUACAGACGAUCGUGAUGUUCUCUCCGCCGUUAUUAUUGCUGUCGAUAUGAUGAUGAGACAUUGCAAACAUCUGAAGUACAAGAAGAAGAUUGUCGUGGUCACGAAUGCGACAGGAAGCCCGAUUGACGACGAUGACAUCGAAAGCACAGCGGAACAAUUCAAGAGCAAUAAUAUCGAACUGGCAGUGUUGGGUGUGGAUUUUGAUGAUCCAGAGUAUGGAUUCAAGGAGGAAGACAAACCAGAACUCAAGAGGGAGAAUGAAAAGAUUCUACGGAAACUGGCUGAUCUUAGUGGAGGUGUUCUGGGAACGAUGCAAGAAGCUGUCGACGAGCUUUCUCGACCGCAAAUCAGGCCAGUCCGACCAACGCCCACUUAUAAAGGCCAACUGAAACUUGGCGAUCCGACGCAGUAUGACACGGCCUUGUCCAUUGAUGUCGAACGAUAUUUCAAGACGUCGAUCAGGAGACCCCCCACGGCGAGUGCAUACGUCGUCAAACCCAACGGGCCCGAGCAAGAUGACACGGAGAAUUUCGCCAGCGUUCACAACCUGUACAAGUACAAAGUCAAGGGCGAAGAGUACGAAGGCGGAUCCAAAAUUCUGGAUCGCGAAGAACUCGCGAGGGGUUACGAAUACGGGCGAACAGCAGUUCCCAUCUCAGAGUCGGAGCAAAAUGUCACCAAGCUGGAGACAGAUAUGUCAUAUGAUAUUCUCGGUUUCAUUCCUGUGGAAAACGUGGAGCGAUACAUGUUGAUGGACAACACGAACAUGAUCGUUUCCCAAAAAGGCAAUGACAAAGCCGCACUCGCCCUCUCUUCCUUGAUUCACUCCCUUUACGAACUCGGAUCUGUAGCCAUCGGCCGCCUUGUCAAGAAAGACAUGGCAGAACCGAUUCUCACGCUCUUGUCUCCGCUCGUCGAAGCAGACUUCGAGUGCCUCAUCGAAAAUAUCCUCCCUUUUGCAGAGGAUAUCCGAUCCUACCGCUUCCCACCCUUGGAUAAAGUCCUCACUGUCUCUGGAGAGGCAUUGAGCGAACACCGCAACCUUCCGUCAGAAGGACUGUUGCAAAGCAUGAGUGAUUUUGUCGACAGCAUGAGUCUACUUCGAGAUGAUGACGAGGAAAUGGUGGUCAUCGAUGACACAUUCUCUCCUCUCCUACACACGAUCGAAGGCGCUAUCAAAUACCGGGCUGUGCACAGUUCCCAUCCCCAGAAGAAGGACCAGCUCCCGAAGAGACCUGAAGCAUUCGAUGCACUUCAAAAGCCACCUCCGGAGCUGCAGGAACGGAGUAGAGGAGUACUUCAACGCUUGAUUGAGGCAGCAGACGUGAAGAAAGUGCCCAGCAAAGUAAAAGGAAGAAGACGAUAUCGCGACAGAGAGGUAGAAAAGCCUUUGUCGGGUCUCAAUGUAGAUGACCUGUUUCGCAAGGCACGACCUUCCACCGAGCCCGGCAAGGUCCAUAUUUCGUCGGACAACGCGAUCCCUGAGUUCAAACAACUAUUGGAUUCGACAGACAACAUGGACAUAAUAAAAGAGGCAGUGAGACAGAUGCAAAAGAUUCUAGAGGACUUGGUGAGAAAAGACUUUGGCGGCCAGAAUUAUCCCCGCGUGGUGGCGGCUUUGGGCGAGAUGAGGCAGGAGAUAGUUGGACUCGAAGAGCCGACGAUGUACAACACCGUGUUGCGCGAGCUCAAAGAAAAGAUCUUUACCGACCAGCUGGGUGGGAAUAGACGCGAGCUAUGGUGGUCGAUUCGAAAGAGCAAGCUCGGAUUGAUUAGCGAGGUCGAGGACGAGCGGUCAACUGUUGAUGCCAUGGAGGCAGAAGAGUUUCUGAACAUAGUCCCCAAGCUACAAGGAUGA